CGACAUGGGUAGAAAGUACUACUGUGAUUAUUGCGACAAAAGAAUACAAAAUGACUACAGCAUUAUCAAACAACAUAAUGUGGGACUUCCACAUCUUCGUGCCAAAGCCGAAUACUUUCAGCAAUUUAAAUCUCUCGAACAAAUUCUUGAAGAAAUCAAACAUAAAGCUCCCUGUCGAUCGUUAAAGGACGGCAGCGAAUGCACAUUUGGAGUGCUUUGCCGGUAUCGUCAUUACACGCCAGAACAAAUUUGGGAAAUGCAACAAUUAGUUAAAACCAAACAGGACAUUCGUCAUAAACGAUCCGAGCGUCUACGCAAAUACAUGCGCAAUGUAAAAGUGCGCUCGGAAUUAUUCGUUCAAAAACGAUUCGAUCGACCUCCAAUUGAUACAUUACCACCGUCUCUGCGUAGAUUUGGAGACUUUAAGUUACCUUAA